UCAAUAUCAGGAGCCUAGCCUUUACUCAACUUUUAUGCCGUCCAUACCCAUUUCAUUAUUUCAUUAUUAUCAUUUCAUCUAUCACUAUAAGAUCAAAAUACAACACCCAUCAUCAUACAUUGAUAGUUCAUGUAAGUGGCUCCAAAGAUGGGUGGUACUGUUAGCAAGGGUGAGAGGAAGUGUUCUGAAAAACAUGUGAUGAAUUUGAAAGAGAAAGUGAGACUUCUUCAGGAGGAAAUAAAGGAGAUGAUGUAUGAGAGGGAGAAGGAGAGUAGGAGCUAUGAGAGGGACAUAAUGGUGUUCACUUUUAAGGAGGCAGACUGGAAGCAAGAGGUGAAGAGGGUGAAAGAGGAAGUGAAGCAGCUGAGGAAUUUGGUGGAAGAGAAGGAAGAGAAGAUAAGGGAGAUGGAAGAGCUUGGAAUGUUGGAGAAGAAUGGUGAGAAAGAGUGGGAGUUAAUGGGAACUAAGCUCUUGGUUCAACAAAUGAAGGAAGAGAGAGCAAGGAGAGAUGAAGCUGUGGAGAAGUGGAAGCAACUUUAUCUUGCAAUUAAGACAGAGCUGGAUGAUCUCAUUCAGAGAACAUAUGAUGGGGAUGGUCUGUAUUGGAAAGCAGAGGAAAAUGACAUCCAAAUGGAAAACCUGAAGAAAGAACUUUAUGACAAGGAAGAAACCAUCAAAGCCUUAAAAGCCCAACUAGUUUCAAUGGAGAAAGAAAAGUACAAAAAGGAAAGAGAGUUUGACUUGUUGAGGCAAAGUUUGAGGAUCAUGAAUGGAAAGAAGAAUUCAAUUCAAAGUAAAGAGAAGCACUUGAAAAGCAAAUUGAGAAUUUAAGAUGUAGAUGUGGUGCGGAUCAAAAAAAAAAGAUGCAUAUGUGGUGGUGCUUAAGGACUAGAUUCCACAUCCAAAAUCAAACAAUGUUAUGUAUUAACUGGGUUGGUUUGUAUCCUGUAACAGCACCUAUUUUCCUUUUCUUUUCCUUCCUUCUUUUGCAGAAAAAUAAGCAAGGCAAUACUUCCAUAGUAGAAUUUUUUUUUCUUGGACCUGGAAAAAGAAAGAAAAAAUGAAGGAAGAUUAGCAAUUUUUCUUCUUGGACUAGCACUUAGCUUAGUUACUGAAUAUGCCAUGUCUAAAGACUAGUGAAGGAAAGAAAGAAAGAAUAUAGCUUUAUUCUUCUUUUCA